AACUUUCGUGAGACGGAAGUUGCAGACAGCUGAACUGAAACCAUAAACGUAAACGAACAGCCUUUGAUCAGCUGAAGGAUGGACAUUACUUUGGUUUCCGUGAUGAAGAACAUAGCAGACGCUCUUGAACUUGACUACAAUAACAAACUAGAGGAUGCUUAUGUGAAAUAUGCAGAAUGUGUUCAUCAAAUAACAACAACCCUCCUUAAAGACAUAAGGACCAAAGGUGGCAAAGUUGAUAUAACACAAGAAGUUGUGAAGUUUGUCAAACUGGGAAGUCAGUGUAUGGAGAGAAUUUCCAUUGUUGUGAACACUCUAUCCAAAUCCCCUGUUAUGUCUGACCAGAGAUGCUUGACUGGAACGGCUACCAGUUUAGUUCAAUGUGAACCAGCACGGGACACAGAACACCAGGAUGUACCAGGGUACAGAUUCUCAGCUCCUGUCCCCCCAAUCCCAGACAGUAUGGACAGACUGAUGUACCGGAAGGUUAAAUCCCUAGGGCCACUUGAAUUGGCUUACAGACAAAACCAACUGCUGAUGACAGCUUAUAAAGCCCGGCAGGCGAAACUCAAUGCAAGGAAUGCCUUCAAUCUGAGCUUGACUUUGCAGAGAAAAAUGGCAGAAAACCUGGCAAUUGCAAAAUUACAGGAAGAAGCUCUGUCCAAGAAGAUGCAGGAAAGACAACAGAGACUGGAUGAAUUGGCUAAUCAAAAAUUUGGAUCCUCAGACAAAGAAACAAAAGAAAUUUAUAAAGAAGUCAUGAACUAUGAACAAGAUUCGAAAUGGCUACAGAACAUUCGAAGGGAACUGGAAGAAACCCCAUCAGAUCAGUCUGUCAUCUGCAAAAUCAUUAAUUCAGUCUUCAGUUUGAAAGAUCACCCCCUUACAGAAAAGUUAAAGGCUUACCAAUUCAAAAUAUAUGAGAGAAUCUACCCCUUGGUUUGUGACAAGCUAGAAGGGUUGAGACAUGUAACUGUUCCUUUGAAUAAGAGUUUGUGGCCCCCAGAGUCAAAGGUCAAGGACACAUUUGAGAAAGGCAAAAAGAACAAGAAAUCUCAUGAAAAGUUGGAGAAGGAAGAGAGAAAUUAUAGUUCAGGAGUCAUAAAUCUGAGAAAAAAAGAAAGUGAAUCGUCUAUUAAUGAAGGGAGCAAUCAUUCUAGUUGUGAGUGUAGAACAAUGGAAGAAAUAACUGAAAAUGUUAGAGAUGAUCUUGAGACAGCUGUAGAGAUGGGUGAUAAACUACAGCACAAGUUGGAGGAAGAAAACGAAAGAGUUGGGAAAAUGGCCCAGAGACUUUCUUUUGAUGUUGAAACAUACCAUGCAGAAAACAUGGAUGACUUAUUUGAUGAGGAGGGAGAAGAAGGGGAGGAUAAAGCUGAAGGUGAGAAGAUUUCUGAACUCCAGGACAAAUCAAUAACAACAGAAAAUAACAGUUCUGGUGAAGAGAGUGAAUUUUCAAAGGAAAGAAGUGAUUCAACUCAAUCAUUGGAAGAUCCUGAGGAAAUAGAGAGGCUGAGAAUUGAGGCUCAUAAGCGGCACGUGAAGGGAAUAUCCGAGGAUGUUCACCUCUACUUGGACAAGUUACAGGAAAUGUUUAUCUGUGUUUAUGAACAGCUGGAUUCUCCAGAAGGGAGGGAUUCCUGUUAUUCCCAGUUGGAGGAGCCAUUCUUCAAACCGAUCUGGCAAUAUUUGUUGGCUCUGUACAGGUUUGCAAACAAGUCAUCAGAGCUGCAGGUUGCACACGUUAUGACAGUCCAUAUGAACUGUUUACCUGGAACACUGGGGGUUAAAAAGAAAUUGCAGUUGCAUGGACAAGACCUGACCUACAUUCCAUACAGAGCAGCAAUUGAAGAGCUCAGAUCAAUUCCUUCACAAGUUACUCUGCUUGGGAAAUUAGAGAGUUUAGUGAAAUCGUCUCGCCUGAUCUGUAGAUGUGUGGAGGAACACUACAGUGAUGCAGAAAAAGUCCCCAGUAUUGGGGCUGAUGAUUUGCUGCCCAUUCUGAGUUACGUAAUCAUACGGACUGGCCUUCCUCAGAUUGUGUCAGAAUGCAGCAUUCUGGAGGAGUUUAUACAUGAGGGGUACAUUAUGGGAGAGGAGGGGUACUGUUUGACCUCAGUCCAAACCGCUUUACAGUAUCUGAAAUCUCUCAGUGCCCAACUGCUCACAUCUGAUGAAUAGUGCCAAACGUGUAACCUAUAUAUAUGGUGAACCAACCUUCUCUCCCAUUCUAAACAUUUGUGAGUUUGGGGAAGGCAUUUGCAGAGUUUAUUUUUGUAUUUGCAACUUGUUUUUAUCAUAGAAUAAUUAAAAUCUACUGUCAAGAAAUAUAAUUCAGUCUCUGAGCAUCUCCAGAUAAGUAGUGAAUGACUGUUCAAUAAAAGGUGUAGGGUUGUUACCAGUCCAGAGCUUGAGUCAUAUCUCUUGAUCAAGGCAACUCACAUUAGUACAGAAAUGUGGUCCAUGUCUAUAAAUUUGAAAUAGGUCUUGGAGCAUUUCAAUUUAAUACAUGUAUUAUAAGGUAAAAUGACUUCUUUCAGUGUAGCUAUUUAGAAAGUUGGAUCACACCAUGCAAAAUGAAAAGCAUGAAAGCAUGGGGGAAAUUAUGAUACAACAAAAAUAAUUUCAGAAUUGGGGAAGGGGGGCACAGGGCUAGUUUUAUGUCAUGAAUUAGAACAGUUUACUGGCAAUAGAAUUUACUAUAUGUGAUAUUUUCAGUACAUGAAUAUAUGUGCAGAUUGAAUUUUAUACGUUUUAGCUCACCUGAGCCAAAGUCUGAAGAGAGCUUUUCUGAUCAAAAUUUGUCCGUUGUUGUAAACUUUUCACAUUUUCAUCUUCUCCAGAACCACUGGGCCAAUUUCAACCAAACUUGGCAAAAAGCAUCCUUGGGUGAAAAGGAUUCAAGUUUGGUCAUGCCCCCUUCGAAGGAGAGAUAAUCACAAAAAUAGUCAAGUCAUUUAAAAAUAUUCUUCUCAAGAACCACUGGGCAACAAGAGCUGAAAUACACGAAAGUUUUCUGACACAUGGAGAUUCAAAGUAAAAAUCAUGCCCCUGGGGUUAGGUUGGGGCCACAAUAGGGGAUCAAAGUUUUACAUGUGAAUGUAUAGGGAUCAAAACAAAGCGUUCUUAGAUGAAAUUUGUUAAUGUGAAAGGCCAUACCCAUCUAAAAGGGCAUAUAACUAAUGAAUUUGUAGUCAAGUUUAAUAUAUUAAUGAAUUUUUUAGUCAUUACCUUUGAAACGUUUUUUUUCCCCUGAACAUAGCUGCUUGUAUAAUGAUAGUUUAGCUCAAGCUUGUUUAUUGCUAAGAACUGCUGCUCAGGUGAGCAAUGUGGCCUAUGGGCCACUUGUUUGUGAAAUGAUUCAUUAUUUGUAUUUCAUAUUUAAUAAAUAAACAUUUCCAAUUAUCA